AAAACACUUAUUCAGAAUAUAUAAUCGAAAAAGAGAUAUUAAAAGAUAAGAAUCUGAUGAUGUAUGAAAGACGCAUACAUUUUUUCUAAUCUAAAAAAUUUGAAAAAAUUCUCUAUAUUAUACUAAAAUUAAUUUUUUAAAAAGAAUUCCAUAUUUUUGUCGAUUUACAGAUUUAUAAAAGUUUUGUAUUCUACGAUAUAGUGUGUAUAAAAAUAAGGCACAUUUAAUCUAUGAAUCUAUAUGUGAUUCAUAAGCACAGGAGAGAUUCAAUGAAUGUGACGUCACCAGGUUGUCAUGGCAACCUACAGAUAGUACUAGUAAACGGAAUCAUAACCAAAAAAAAAAAAUAAAAAUAAAAACGUUUAAAGUGGUGUAUGAUUUUACUGUAAAGACAGGAAAAAUAUAAACAAUUUUUAAAAUUUAUAGAUGUCGAGAUGUAUAUGCUAAUAUAGAUAAUUUUCUCAAAUUGGAAGCACUUUCUUAAUAAAAAAAACACGAAAAAAAAUGCACAUGACUCUAAUGUUUGUUUUUGAUGGUAGAUCAUCCCCUAUAUUUAUCAGAUGUAUCGUAUUUCUUAUCUCAAUAUGAUACUUAUGCAUAUCAAUAUUAAUAAUAAUAAUAAUUUAGGAUUGGAAUAAAUUAUCGCAUUAAAAAAAAAAAAAAGAAAAAAGAACGAAAUGAGAUUUCUUUAUAAGAAUUGCUUUAUCUUGCACAUUCAUCAGUUUCUGUUGUUCGUUUGCAUUAAUAUUGUAUCAGACAGAACGAGACAGUGGAACAAAGAUGGAUACUGUACGUAGUGGGGGUGCCAUAGAGGAACAGGGUAGUGAUGAAGAUCUGUCACCGGAUGCUUUGGUUAGACAAAAUUAUGAGCUCCGUCAUCGUUUGGAACAGGAGGCUGCAAGUUACAAGAGACGUUUGGACACUUAUCGGCAGGCUCAACAACACCAAGCUGCUCUUGUCUCACGUUUACAAGCUAAAGUUUUGCAGUAUAAACAAAGAUGUUCAGAAUUGGAAAAUCAAAUGGCGGAAACAAUUCCAUGUGAUACUAGUAAACCAGCAACUGCCACAGUAUCAUCUACUUCCGUAUUAGAGGCUGCUCAUCAGACGCUUAGGGAUAUACGCGAGGAGCAAAUUCAUGAUCUGGACACUGCAUUGCAAAAACUUGGAGAGGAACGACGAAAAUGCGAAGAACUUUUGCAACUAAAUUCAUCUCUAAAAGAUCAACUCGAAGAAUCUCAUCAAACAAAUGAAGCGUUAACUAACGAUUUGCAGAAAUUAAGUAACGAUUGGGAUGUAUUGCGUGAGGAGUUGGCUAUUAAGGAAGACGAAUGGAAGGAAGAGGAACAGGCAUUCAAUGAAUAUUACAUAUCCGAGCACAACAGAUUAUUGAACCUGUGGCGUGAUGUCGUGUCUGUUAAAAGAUUGUUUGCAGAAAUGAAAUAUGCUACAGAACGAGAUUUGUCCAAAUUGCGAAACGAAAUUAUUUCCUCAUGUAAUGAAAUGACAUCAGCGUGUAAUAGUACAAGUUUUACUAUGAAACUACAGGCAACUGCAAUGCAAUCGACACCAUCCCAGAGAGCACAACAACAGGAGAAAGAACAAGCUGAUGUAACUGUUUUGAAAACAGAAAUUACAGCACUUAAGCAACAACACACUGCUGAUCAGCAUGAAAUUCGCACAAAAGACGAUCGAAUAGAUCAGCUUAUUCGAGAAAUCCGCAAUUUAGAAGAAAGAUGUGGAGUUUCUGAAGCGGCAGUGACUCAAACUGCGCGUAUGCAAGAGGAUAUCGAAGUGUUAGAAUCUGCGUUAAGAGAUAUCGCACAUGCUGUGAUUCAAGAUGCCGAGUGUCGGGAUACCGAUAUCAAACAGACACUUCCGCAUAUUCACUUAUCAUCUGGUGGAACAAUUUCGCAAAGAUCGCCGAAAAGAAGUGCAAGAAGCAACGCUAUACCAGCACUCGCUGAGAGUACUAUAAGCGCAGUACGAGCAGCUCUACAGAAAUAUCAAUUAACUAUACGCGAAUUACAGAUAAAAUUACAAACCAAUAAGGAACAGCUUUUAACAAUGCGCAAGCAAUGCGAUACUGCAGAGACAAACGCUCAGACAUUAAAUACAAAAGUGACAGAAUUGAUAUCUCAAUUAGAUACUUGUCGUUCGCAAUGUACACAGCUAAGUCAAGAGAAAGAGAUGUUGCAGAAAAGUCUUGACACUGUAAAAUUGGAGAAAAAUGCAUUGGAUAAAAAUAAAAUGGAACUCAAUAGUAUGCUGGAGGCUGUUAAAAAUAAUUAUGAAAAACUUCAGAAGGCCAAUAAUAAAUUACAAAAACUAUGCGACAAUCUGGAAGAUGAAAAAUUGUAUUUGCAGAACGAGCUUAGCAGAGUAUUACAGGAUGCUGAUUUAAAAGAAUUGAGUUUACGGUCAGAGGAGGAUAGAUGUAGUAAGAUGCGAGAAGAACUUUUGACACUACGAGAAGAUUUAAAUAAAGCUUAUCUAGCUAAGGAUAUGUUGGAACAACAGAAAUUAGAAACUGAUGAAUUAAUCUCUCAAAUCGAAAAAAACAAAGGUGAUCUUGAAUUGGAAUUGGAACGGAUAUUAUUGGAAAAGUCAGAUAUACAAGAAAUUUUGAUAAAAUUAGAAGCAAUAUGCUCUAAUCAUGAACAGGAUAAACAGAAAUUGCAAGAAGAAUUAAAAAAAAUGAUGGACGAGAAAAAUAAACUUGUGAGUCAAUGUAUGGAUCAACAAGGGGAUUUAAAUUCAUUAAGGAAAGAAUUAUUGCAAGCGGAACAAACUCGGCUUGAUAUAGAAUCUGAGAAAGUUGCAUUGAAUGAGAAAAUUAAAUUUCUGGAGAUAGAAAAGGAGAAAGUGGAGAUAGAAUUGGGCCAAGUGAGUCGCGAACGCAGUGAUUUGAGUAAUCAAUUAUCGGUUUUGGCGCGAAAGAAAGAAACAUUGAAUGAAGAGCUUAUGAGACUUAGGCAAAGACUGGAACAGUCCAACGAAAUGAAUGCACGAAUAAACAGAAACUUGAAAGAUCUUGUAAAAGAUAAUGAGGAAAAACAGGUGCUUCUAGAAACAAAUGAGAAAGAAAUUCAAAGAAUGCAAGAGCAACUUGCAUCAAUACGUACUGAAAAAGAAAUAUUGGAAGGAGUAUUAUUUGAUACACAAACUAAUUUGGAAGCUACACAUGUUAAGAAAACACAGUUGGAGAAAGAGCAAAAAGAAACAUUAAUUAAACUGGAAAGUUUAAAAGGACAGGUGACACGAUUAACAAAAGAAUUAGAAAACAGUGAGAAACGUGCACAAGAUAUGAAACAAUCACUUACACAACAGAGUGGUGAUCAAAUAGCAGAAUUUCAACAAAUUAUAUCGAAUAUGAAGAGACAGUCUGAGGAAAAUGUGAAGAAAAUGAGUGAUGAAAAGGAGCAAAUAAGAAUAAGUUUAGAGAAACGGUUGCAACAGUCUGUGUCACAAUUGGAGGGAGAAAAAAAUGAAGAGAUUAAUCAACUGCAACAAAGAAUAGAAGAAUUACAAAAACAUAUAGAGAAUUUGUGCAAACAGCACGAGGAAGCACUUCUUAGAGCCGAGAAUGAUAAACAACAAGCACUUCUUAUAGCUCAUCACGAUCAACAGGCUUUAAUUGAAAAAAUUGACGCUAUUAUGCGUGAAUUAGAAGAAGAAAAGAAUAUUCUGGAACGUGUGAAAAGGGAGGCUGCAGCACGCGCCGAACAAGAACGUAAUAAUACGAAUCAAUUGCGCGACGAAUUAAAUCGUCUCAAAACAAAGCUGGACGAAACCAAGUUGAAGGCUAACGAAGAAAAGCUGAAACUCGAUUUGAAAAUAGAGGAACUCUGGAAAGAACGGGAGUCCACGCAAAGAGAAGUUGAAGAAUUGCAAGUUCAAUUACAUAUGACGGAAGAUAAAGUAGAUGGACUGCAAAAUCAGUUACACGAUACUAUUAGAAAACUUAAAGACGCUGACAAUGUUAAUGAGAUAUCGCGCAAAGAGUUAGUGGAUAUAAAGAGACAAUUAGCAGAUACGACAUAUGAAAAAGAGAAAUAUAAUAACAGUAACAAGGAAUUACGGGAACGUAUUAAGCAAAUCGAGACAGAAAGAAGAGAACAGGGAAGAACAUUGGAAGAAUCGUAUCAAAAAAUAGCAACAUUGGAGGAUACAAGAGCAACCAUGGACGUUGAGAGAACGCGUUUACAAGCCCAAGUGCGAGAUCUGGAACGUGAUGCGCUGCAAUUGCAACAACAGCUUCGCUUCACACAGGACGAAUUACAGAAAUGUCACGAGAAUAAUUCCCAAACUCAGAACGAAGAGAAGGAACUGCAGGCUAGAUUAGCUAACGAGAUUGAGGAAAGAGAGCGUAUACAAUUGCAAUUGCAUCAAGUGAAGAAACAGGUUGUCGACCUGGAUAAUAGUUUGGAAAUUACACGACAAGAACUGGGAAAGUUACGCACGCGAGCGGACGAGGAAGAUGAAAGAUGGCGUACUCGAGAGCAAGAGUUGUUGGUGCGUCUCGAAGAUAGUCGUUGUCGCGAGAGAAAGCUGGAAGAUCAGAAGCACAAUCUGGAAGUUUGCUUGGCCGAUGCCACGCAGCAAUUGCAAGAGUUGAAGGCGCGUCUUGGAGGUUCUGAAGGAAGGGUGAGAGCUCUCGAUGCUCAAUUAUCACAAUUGGAAACCGCUAAAAAGGAAGUAGAGCAAAAAUUGAGCAGCGUAGGCUCCACGCUCCGCCGUAUCGCCGGUAUUCAAAUGGACGGGAGCGUGAAUAUGCCAUUUAAAUUGAUGAGUCCAUCGAGAAGGUGGAGUCCGGCACGUGGUAAUCUAUUACAAGAUCACGGUGACACUGGUAGAGAUAUCAUAUUGGAUGUCGAUCCUGAAGCUAUUAGAAAGGGUGUGCGAGCACUUAUGCAACAAGUUGCCCAAAUCGAACGCGAGAGAGACGAUUACAAAACGGAAUUGUGUAGCUUGAAGAAACAGCUGAAAGAAUCUCAAGAGAAUCAAAGUAAUACGGAUGUAAAGAUCAAUAAUCUUCUAACUAAUAUUCGUACACUUCAGGAAGAGAAGAAAUCUUUGGAGGCGAAACUGACUCAAAAACAAACUGGCCAUCAAGCACAACUGGAUGCAUUGCAACAAAAAAGCGAAGAAUGUAAACAAUUAUGUGAAAAAUUGACAAUUAUAGAAUUAAAGAUCAGUACCGAAUCAGAAGAGAAAUCACAAUACGAGGAUAAAUUGGAGAAAAUGAAACACGAAUUGAACAGAUUGGAAAUGGAAAAGCGUAAUCUUCAGAAGGAGCUUCGCCAUAGCGAGUCUCGCGCAACAGAAAUGGAAUUACAAAGAAUGUCUCUAGACGGCGAUUUCCAAAGGUUGCAAAUGAUGCUGCAAGAAAAAGAAGCACAUAUUCAAAAAUUGCAAGAUCGCUUUGAUACGCAAAGCCGCACUAUGACAAAUCUAGAAGAACGUUGCGCAUCCUUAAAAUCUACCAUAGAGCAAUUAAAACUGGCACUAGAAAAAGCAUCUGCUACGGAGAGCGAACUCAAGAGUGAGAUAAACCUAUUACAACAUAAUAUAAUAGAGAUCACUACUUCUUCUCAAAGUAACAAUGAGAAACUCAAACAGCUGCAAAAACAGCUUUCGAAUACCGAAAACGAGCGUAGAAUAUUAUCCGAACGCCUAGAAACGAUUCAGCAGACUCUAAGCGAAUUAAAACAUACGAAUCAAUCAUUGAUUGAUCAAAAUGCGCGGCUACAGAAUGAAUUAGCUAAUAAUGAAGUGCAACGAUCAGCUUUAGAAUCACAAUUAAGAUUAUCUACCUGGCCAUCGGAAGGCAGUGCCACCAAAGAUGAAGAAUUAUUACGUCAACUGCAAACUGUUCAAAGAGAAAGAAGCGAGAUGAGAGGAAAAGUGGAUGCUCUUAAUGACAAGGUGAAACUGUUAGAAGCCGAUAAACGUAAUUUAGAACGUCAAAUUACUGCGGGCAAAACGAGUGUUAUUCGAAGCAAGAGUUACGAACGACCAGAGAAAGCACACAUAGAACUUUUGGGCACUAGUUAUAGCAUUGACAAUCUGGAGCAUGAAAACAGAGAAUUAAGAUUAAAAAUACGUAAAUUGGAGACCCAAUUGGCGGAAAAGGAGGCCGAAAUUAUACGAAUCAAGUCAACUUAUAUAUAUUCUCCUCAUUCGUUAUUGGACACAAGUCGAGACAGAAGUGGAGAAUUAGAACGGAUCAGAGCUGCGCAAUUGCAGGCCGAGAAAUUAUUAGAGGCGAGAGAACAAAGUCAUCGUCAACAAGUAUCACGUUUAGAAAAUCAGAUACAAUUAUUACGAGAACAACUCAAUCAAGAAAUAAAACGCAGACAGUUGUACGUUUCACGGAGUUCACGGGCCGGUAGAGAAAUGCAACAAUUGCGACAAGCGUUAGGCGAUUCUUUGAGAACUGUGGCACAAGAUCCGUCAUUAGAUGCGGUAUUACUAGAACACGAAGCGCGUAAAUUAGACUCUACUUUAACGAGUACCACUAGUUUACCGCCGUCAUUAGCUUUACCUGCUCCACCUUCGUCUUACAGAUCCGGCACUCCGUCACAAUUGAAAUAAUGUGAGAAGUAACUGUACUUUCUCUGGAAACUGCCAGUAUCAACUAGUACUUAUAUAUUUAUAUAUACACGAAUAUAUAAGUACUUAUAUAAGUAGUUAUAUUUCUUGAGAAUAUAUAAAGUAUAAUCAUUUGUGCACAUAAAAAUAUUGUUAAGUGCGCUUCAAUAUUACAUAUCAAAGUCAUUAUUUAAAGAAGGAACAUGAGAUCAUUAAUUUAAUUUGAUAAACCAUGAAUUGAUGUUUGUUGCAUUUUACAUUUUAAGACAAUUUCACAUUUACAUUUUAAGACAAUUUCAGAUUUUUAAUGACAUUUUAUUUGAUAUACGAUUUUUAUAUUAAAUAUAUUGAACUUUUAACAAAUUUUUUAUACAAAUUUUAUGCUUCCAAAUGAUUAUAUAUACAUAUAUAUAUAUAAGAUACAGACAUAUUUGGUAUAGUUUAUUAAUGUGCAUGAAAUGUAUGUUUAUUAAUGUAUGUGAAAGUUUUUGUGAUAUGACAUAUAUACAUUUUACAAGAAUAUUUAGCUAAAUAAUAAUAUUUGCAAAUUUCUUUUGCUAUGUCAAUUCUUGUCUAAUUAUAUGAUUAUAAAGAAAUAGUUGCAUAAAAGUCAGUUUAAUAUUAGUUAACGGUUAAUACACAUAAAAUGAUCUCUUU